AUGAGGAGUUGGUCCGGGUUGCAUGCGUUCAUUUUACCGGCGCAAUGUUGUCGGGCUCGCAGGAAUGGGGCAACACUGUCGCAGCGCUAUGGGUGCUGUGGGCAGCGCGAAACGGUUCCCACGACGACUGCAUCGACAACUGUCUCGCGAACGCAUCGGGACCCAAUGGCAACACUGACGGAUAUCUUUAGGGCUCAUCCGUCUGCGCUUCGCUUGCAUCGAGAGCUGACAAUUUGUGUCGCGAACGGGGAAGCGGAAAGGGCGGCGGACCUUGCGUACGUACUCGCGGAAACGGUCAAACGUGUCUGCAACCAAAUGGGAAGCGGGGCGGAACAGAACACAAAAUUGACAUCUUCUCCCACACCCGCUGACUCUUCUGCGGCAGAAGCAGGAAUUGUUGCGAAGGAGUACAUGCCUCCCAUGGGGCCGGAGGACGUUGAACUUUCCAUGGAAACGACGCGGCGUCGUGUACUUGAGGAGAAUUCUGGCGACGUUGCUGAAGCUUUUAUCAAGGGGGAGAGCGAGAAUACUUCUUCAGGGAACGCACACCCUGCCUUGUGUGAUAACCCGCUCUUCUGGAAGCAGCCGACAGCGUUGCGUGUAACGCUGCUGGAGGCCGCCUUUGAGUUGACGCUACCCGAUGGCGGUGAUGCCGAUAAUCCACUUAGCCCAAGAAGCACGGAAGUGGAGGAACACGAAAAGAGGAAUAUGAUGCUCCUGGACGAAUAUUUGACGCGAGAGAAGAAACGUUGGGAAAUGCAAAAGGGAGCUAUUGGACGUGCUGUGCUCACGACGGCGCAACAGCUUGGUGUCACGCCAGAGGAUCUUCACAGUGUACUGGAGGAGACGGAUAGCACCAGACAUGUUUCGGGCCAAGAUGGGUGUCUCCGUGUCCUGAAGCACUGCAACUUAAUCAUACGGGGUGAAGCACCAGAGGUGGAGCUUAUGGCGAAGAAUACGGCCGGAAGUGUGCGGGCAGCGGCUGAGGAGGAGCUUGAGGUACUUGUAAGCCGUAUGGAGAGAAGUGGCUCCCCGCUCACGCCCCAAGAGAGGGAGUUGGCGCUCUUUGAGCUUGUCAUGACAAAGAGUAAAAUGAGGUACGUUGUUGGCCUCCAUCGCGAUUUGCAGAUGGCUUUGGAUGCGUCUGAGAAUCUUCGACGAGCGGCUUCACAAAAGCAACUUCCCUCCGGUUCGGAAGUCUUUACGCAGAAGGUAGUCGAGAGACUCAACAAAGUUGCGGCGGAUGGCAGCGAGACGAGUGCAGAAGAUGUGGAGCUGAUCGAGUCUCUUUCUGCCCCGGUGCUGCCUUUUACUUUUAUGCUGAAGAUGUGCCUGUGGUUUGACGUCCCUCGAGAUGGGUGA